AAAGAGAACUGUAAUUAAAUUUAGUGGUCAACGAAGAAGAUUUUAACUUUACUAAGCGUCUAGUAAAUAUUAAAUUGCGUUCUUCAUCACAAUACAAUCAAAAUGACCAAUUUAAAGUCUGAACUAGACGAAUAUAUGCUUCAAAAAGAAAGUCGUAGAAGCUACUUCAGUCUUCCUUCAAUCUCUACCCCUAGUUUCCUUUCAAGAAGUACAGAAAGCCCUGACGAUGAUACUGUUACCUGGUUUCAGCAAACACAAAAGGAUUAUUUUACUUUGAGUCGAACACAACGAUUUAUCGGCUUUGGUGCUUGUUUGGGUUUGGGAUUCCUCUGUUUUAUACUAUCGUUUAUUUAUAUUCCUGUAUUACUCUUACAAGCGAAAAAGUUUGUCUUACUAUUUUCAUUGGGAAGCUUGUUCUUUAUUAUGAGCUUCAGUUUUCUCUAUGGACCAUGGGCACACAUUAAAUCUCUAUUCUCAAAAGAAAGAGCUAUAGCCACAUCUUUAUAUAUAUUGACCAUGAUUGCAACAUUAUACUGUGCUUUGAGUCUAAAAAGCACACUUUUAACAGUAAUAUGUGCAAUAGCACAAUUCACAGCUCUGUUCUGGAUGAUCAUGGGAUCUGUGCCUGGAGGAUCCUCAGGAAUGAGAUUCUUCGGGAACAUGUUCAAAUCUUCAGUGUCCAACACUCUACCAAUAUAACACACAUUGUUUUGGCAUAAUUUCCCUACCUGUGGUCUGCAGUUUCAUCUCUAAUUACCAACUUUUGUAUUGCAAUAAAUUUAUAAAUAAUUGAUAUCUGAUACCUCGAGGGACCUUGAGAUCACUCAUGAUUGACUAAAAAAGGUUGGGAAGUUAAUAGACCAAAAAAGGUUGGGAAGUACUAGAUUAGAGCACAGUUUAGCAAAAAAGGCUCUAUCCACUAGAAGCAACUGUGAUAUAGGAUUUUAUUUAUUUAAAUGUAAUUUAUAAAACUAAAGUCUUGUGUUACUGUAAUUAAAUCUGCUUACUAUUUUCAUAAAUUACAUUUUAAUAAAUAAAACCUAACAUCACAUGGGGUCAGAAGUUGGAUGUGACAUCUCAGAAUAUUUUUGUUUACAUCUAUUGGAUCUAUGCAGAUUCUUAUUUUUCCAUUUGUCUUACAACAACAAUAGGAUUCAUAACAGGUGUAGUCUCUGUUUCCAGUUUGGUGACAUCUAAUUUCACCAUUCUGUCAAGUUCUUUUUUAAACUCCUCUCUUAUUGCAUGUGGUAUUUGUCUUAACGAUUUAAUGUCAAAUUUUUGGUUCUCAAUAACAUCAAUGUCAUACACAUAACCUCUAUAACAGCCUAAGCCUUCAAAUAUAUCUUUAUAUUGACUUUCCUU